AUGGCGUCAUUCCAACAGAAAACAGACCCAGUCAAUAUAGGUAAUAGCUCCAGCUCCGGCCCCAACAUACACCGUCGAUCCUCAGUAUCUACUGCCCCAUAUUCUAUCCCUGCAAAGACGAGCCAUAAUUCGGAAACAUAUCAACGAAAAGGGGGACCUGUUCAUACUCACCACCAUCAUCACCAUCACUCUCAUGGAAACUCUCAAGGACAGCAUUUACACAGCAACAACAGUAACAACAGUAGCGGCCAACUUUCGUCUUCGGUUCCGUUACUCUCCCGAGAGUUUGUCGUGCGUAGAAUAUCCGAAGGUGAAACAGGGCGACUUAAGGAAGAGCUAAAGUGUGAAGCCUGCGGAAAGGGUUAUAAGCACAUUUCCUCUCUAGCUAAACACUUGUGGGAGCAUACUCCUGAGUGGAAUGUCACCAAGAAAUUGCUAAUUUCCAAACAUCAGCAAGUACAACUAUUAGAGGCUGCCAGUAUUCUGUGCAGUAUGACAGACAAAGAAGAAAAAGAAAAGGAAAAAGAAAAAGAAAGGGAACGAGAAUUACCUGGAUUCAAAGCCAGCUACUUGGAAUCUGGGUUUCCAUCUAUCACUUCACCGCCCUCAUCUCUGCCAUCAUCCGUUCCCAGCAAACUGCGUACAAACUCCAUUUCACAGUACCCACCUUCAAGUUCAGCCUAUAAAGAAAAUAUGCCCAAGCCAGUGACUCAAGGAGGUUACCUAGAUACAAAUAGACAAAAAAUCAAAGAGGAAAAGGUGAACGAAGAGGACCCUAUAUCUAACCGCGCCGAUGAUUUACACACCGGUACUCCUCGGUUUGUAUCUAAGGAUCCAUCUUCGUCGCCGGUCGAUGAAAAUGAUAACGAUGAUAGUAUCUUUGGAGCAAUGGAGUGA